AUGAGCAAUGGACCACCCGACAGGGGUCGGAAUUCCCCAGUUGAUAAUGUCGAUAUUGACUGGGCGGCUCUUGCUGCACUCCCUUUUGACGAGUGGGAACGUACACCAAACAUUCCUGAUCUGAAUGAGUGGGUUCAGAGAGCUUCCAGAAUAAAAUGGAGUGUAGAAGAUGAACAUUUUUCUCAGCCACAAUAUACAACUGCCAUUGUGCGUUUGCUGCGUCUAAUUACAGUGCACUUUGUUCACAAGUUAGAACGUCUUCAUCAAGAGAAGGAAGAACUGGAGCGUUCUGCAUCUGCUGCACGGGAUGCUGAGGAAGCUAUUAGGGCUCGUGUAGAGCUACUACGGAGGGAAAAUAAUGACCUUUGUGUAUUACUGGAGCAGAAGGGGAUUACUCGAGACGAGGCAGGGGAAAUGUUACCUCUCUAUAUUUCGGAUUCUGGUGCAGAAAAAAGACGUGUUAAAGAGAAACUGGAGAAAUGUGCAAGGGAAUUGGAUCGUUUGAAGCAAGAAAACAAGGAACUUCGCCACAUAGUCCGGCGUUAUAAUGAAGAAAAACGCCAGAUGGCGAGUGAAGACAGAAAGUUUCGUCUUGAAUACGAGCAUCUUGCCUCAAAACACAAGCGGCUCAUGGAAAAGUUUAAGAAGACUGAUGAGAUGCUGCAGGAAUUUCGAAGUUCAGAAAAAGCUAGGGGGCGAGAUGAAGAAACUGAACUGCACCAACUGCGUCAGAAGUUGCGGACUCUUCAGCAGGAGAAUUACGAUCUAGUUCAGUCACGUGACCGUGCCGAGGAGCUUUGUGAAAAGAGGGAAGCAGAAGCGCUGCGGGACAUGAGUGAGUUGCAACAGCUUCACCAUGAUAUCGUGGAGGAGGAAAAGCAACGUUCUCAAGGUUUGGCGGAGGAGUUGCAGAAACUGCGACAUGAUAGUCAAUGUCGUAUAGAAAAGGCCGUUCAGGAACUACAGCAAUCGGUAAAAGAUUUGGAGGAGGAAAAUUCUACACUGCGAAAACGGUUGGAACGACGUUUUGGGGUUGGACAUCUGUCUGACCGCGACACCACGGAAAACAGUGAGAGUGUUGGGAAGAAUUCGUUGUCUGUCGGUGCAAGCAUGUCUUCGUUUCCUCCAAACAUUUCCCCUCAUUCCAAAUUUGAGUCGGACAGUCGCACCAGGCAAAGGUUAAUAGCGGAUCGACAGCGACUUCAACAGGAGAAUGAUCGACUUGCAGCAGAGUUACAACAAAUGGAAAUUCGAGCUGAAUCACGGGAUGCGGAAAUCAUUAAAAUUCAACGUCUACUGAAGGAAUACGAACGCGGUGAUGAAGGCCUUCAUCGCCUACGCGGGGAGUUGGCCGAUUCUAACCGAUCCAUAGAACUACUUCAAGAUGAAAACGCGCAACUACAUGAGAGGCUUAACGCAAUGGAGGAUUCUUUAACAUUUUCUAAUGCCCUUCAGGAAUUGUGCAUCCGCAUAGGUGUCACACAAGAAGAAAUUGACCGUCUUCGUCCAAAAAACACGCCACUAUUUAGUGAAGUGGAAACGCUACGAGAAGAGGUGGCCACAUUAAAGGAUGAAGUAGUGUGGCUGGAAAAGGAGCGCCGACAUUGGAUGGACAAGGUUCGUUUGAAGCCGUUGCUUGACACGAAGCUUCGACUCAAGUUGGGCCUUUCCACAGAACAACUGAGGCAGCUAGACCAGAUGGUGGAUCAGAUGAAGUCAGGAAGACUGAUCAUCGAAGAGGACGCAGAGGAUAACUACAAGGAGAAGUAUUUCCAAGAACUGCAGCUUCGGCGAAAAGAGAUGGAACGUUUUAACGCUUUUGUCCGUCAUCGAAUUGAGGAGGUUUUGCGAGAAGUGCUUGGAAUAACGGAUUUAAAAUCUGAAUCAGAAGCAAAGUCGGCGUUAAAUGCUCUGCGGGAGCGUUUUGACUUUAUCACCACCCUUCCACCAAUGGGCUCGACAGAAGAGCCACCAUUAGAUGCCGCGCAGUUGCGUAUGCAGCUUCAAAGCGCAGCACAACUUUUGGAGCAGUCAGAGCUCACUAUCAAGGAACAUGCGGCUUCUCAGGCGGUGCUGUGCGAACAACUGGCAGCUGUGACGGCAGAGCGGGACAUGCUGAUAGGCGAACGUGAUCAAUACCGUGCCGCUGUUUUUGAAUCACUAGGGACCACACCGUAUGCCGUAACAAAAGCUCAGCGGCACGAGUCAAAUGUGGGAAAAAUGGAGGGCCCUUCUUCUUUGGCAGCUCCCGUUUUUGGGGGUGCCAGCGAUGCCCCUUGUUUACCGUCAUUGCCUGCUGUGCAGAAGGAGAAUUUGGCUUCCCCGAGAUCUCCCUUUUUCGCUUCCCUUUUGCAAACCUUUGAGGAACAACUUCGGGUGAAGGAUGAGCUUAUUGCCUCUCUUAAAGGGACCGUUGAGGCGGCAAAAAAUGGGGCGGCGCAGCAUCGUGAGGCAAAAAUAAAAGCAACGGAGCAACUCUCAGAGGCGUGCGCGGCGCAGGAGGACCUCCGGAAUCAACUAUUGGCGAUCCAGCAAAUGAAUGAGGAGCUCCGCGGCAAAUUGGAUGAAAAAAACAAGAUUGUAGAAGAUCUGCAAGAAGCGAUGCAGCGUCUUGAAUCGGACAAUACACGCCAAAUUUUUCAAAAGAUUGUUGUGCUAAGACAACGUGAGGGAAAAUUAUUAGAGCGUUUGCGUCGUGCAAGAGAAACUCAAGAAGAGGCGUUGAGGUCAGAGCGAGCGAUGCGGGAAUACGUCGAUACCACCUUUAAGUCUCUUAAGGAGGCGUUAGAUAAUACGUCUACAGGAUUUGUUCUCCCGCGUUCUUCCGGUGUUAUUUGCGUAGAGAAAGAUGUUCUUGAGGAAGUCCAACAGCGGUUUGAAGGGGCGUUACGAGGAAAAUUCUUCAAGGAGGACUCUGCAUACCUUUUGCAGCUUCAUGAAAUCUAUCGUAACAUGGAACAAAUGGAAGAACUGAACAUCUUACGAGUCCGUGAAAAAGAUGGGGAAAAAAAAAUUGAAGAGAUGAAAAUUGAGAUGAAUGAAUUGCGAGCUGAAUUGGAGUGUCUCCGGAAAGCGCAUGAAGAAUCCCCCGACACGCACCGGAAUGAAGCUUCGGAGGCCGCAAGAUGGGAAACAGAGGCCACAACAUUACGUCAAAAGUGUACGCUUUACAUGAGACGUUGCGAGGACAAGGAACGAGAGGUGUCUACACUCGAAGCUGAACUUGGGGAGGCCCGGGAAGAGUUGGCGUUUUUGCAGGAACACAUACAUAAUCUCAGUUGUGGCAGUCGGAACGACAACACAACGGGUGUCACGCGGAAGCUGGGUGUUGUCCUUCAGGAGCAAAAAGAAGAAAUGUCACGACAACAACAAAAACAAGAUGAAGAAGAACUGCAAAUAAAGCAGCAGUGUGAAACGAAGCAAAUUUGUCACGGGACCACUGUGGAUAACAAGGUGCGGCAACUAGAACGCGAUGUGGCUCGUCUGAAGUCCAUCAAUUUGGGUCUUUUGCAUCACUCUCUCGAUUUACAAGGAGAAUUCAAGCGUCUGGAGAUUCAACUAGAGGCCACAAAGCAAGAACUCUCGCUCGUACGAGACGCGGGAGAUUCCAGGAAAAUAAGCGACUUUGUAUCUGCUGCUAUUCAGCAACAUGCAGCGUUACGUAGGCAAAGUGAGUUAUCGUUGCUUCGGGCAAAACGGACCCGAAUGCAACUUUAUGCCUCCGAGGCAAAUCUGCGUGUGGCGGUGAAUGAGGCUACCUCGUACAGGCUUAGUGCGUUUCGUCUCUACCGGACCUAUGUUGCACAGAUGGUGUCUGUUUUGGACUAUGUUCGUGGCCUGCAACGAGGAGUGAAGGGUAGUAUUUCUCCGCAUCGUGUUGCAAUGAUGCACAAACGUUUUGUUGACGCUAUUGCAGAUGUUGAGCGCGGCCAGGCCAGACAAAUUGAGAUGGCUUCAAAGCUCGCUGAGAGUGACGGAAUGGUAAACCUUUUGCAGCAGCAAUUAGAUCUUCUCAAAGCAAAGGACUUUGAGGAGCGCCAAGAUGCACUUCACGCCAAACUGUUGACUUCCCUUUCUGCUGUUCGCGAAAAAGACAUGCGGCUUGUGGAGCUACAGGAGGAUCAUCAGUACAUGCAACAAAAAUUGAAAAGGGCUGAGUCGCACAUACAAAAUUUGACCGAGGAAUUGGCUCGUUUAGAGUUGCGGGCCAGUGGUGGUGUCUCACUAAAUGAAGACAUACUUCAGAACCUCUUGCAAUUAAAGGAAACUGUCUUUGCAAAGGUGGAAUCGCCGGCACUCAUUAUGCAAUCCAGUGGAGGUGGCUUAUGUGACAUGGAUGACGGGGGUGCAGACACCGCAAUUCAGGAGUACAAACUGGCACUUGACAAACAGGCGGAAUUAAAACGGGAAUUAAACUUGCUUAGGAAGCGAUGGGAAAACGAAGUUUCCGAAAGCAAGAAGGCGCGUACCGAGACAGAGUCCCUAAAGGAGGAAAUGAAUCACCUCAGGGGACGUCUGCAGUACGCGCAACGACAAUUGGAGGAAGAACGACAAAAGGGAGAGGAGCGCGAGCGGCGAAUUAUACGAUCACAUGAAGCACAAGUAGAGGUAACACGUCGUGCAGCAGAACACAACAGCCAGUGUCUUCGGGACAUGUUACAGAAUAAAGAAGCAUGCAUCAAACAGCUUCAAGAACAGCUUCAAUCAGAGCGAAGAAAGUAUCUUGAGUAUCAGCUUGAAGAAUCUUCACGCAUGGAGCGAUUACAUGAUCACCUCUUCAAGGAGAAUAGCGCCAUGAUGGAGCGUUUCCGCGAGGCCAUUGACGGUGUGACGGAGAACUACACGUAUAACACAACGGCACAAGGGGCGACUGUGUGUGACGCAUCACCGGAUGGAGUGGCAGCACAACUUGCACUGCUUACGAAAGAGACAUUACGUCUAAAGGCGGAAUUAAAGGAUGCACGCAUGACAAACAUUAUGCUUGAGGCCCAACUGAACGAACAGGUGACAAAGUCACAGAAUCAGCUGCUGCAGCAGCAGCAAGGACCCAAUUACAGCCCUCAGCAGGCGCCACAGAAAGAAGCAACAGCUGAGGCUUCUGUGGUUGGCGUUAUUAAGGAUCAGAAUGCUAUAAUAGAGAGUUUGCGUCAACGCGAAUUUUCUCUUACCCGUGAAAUGCAACGAUACAGAAAUGAGAGGGAUUUGUUGGAGCAGCAGCUACAUGAGGUUCGCCAUACUAUUGUGGAGCAGGGUGGGGUCCUGAAGAGUGUCGCAACUUUGGAAAUGACAGGUUCGUCGGUGGAACAAGAAUUACGGGCGCAGUUGAUUUUUGUGGAGAGUCAACUUGUGGAGACGCGGGCGCAGUUGGAAGAAGAGCGGCAAAGUGCGCGCCGACUGCAGGCGGAUACCAGUGGAUGGCGAUCUCAUCUGGAUGCCUUACGCGAGGAAGUUGUAAGGCAACAAGCUGACGUUGAGCGAGCUCGGCACCUUGUCGCUAUGAAUGAAGCUCUUAACGUCGAUAUGCGGCGAAUGGAGGAGCAGAAUGAGAAGCUUAUCCUGGCAACCAAAAUGCUAAAGGAGAAACUGAUUGAGCAGGCACAACAACGUGGUGAUGAUUCACGCAAACGACAACAUGAAAUUGCGUUGGCGCAGCGGAUGGGUUCCAUUCAGUUGGAAUCCACCGAAAAGUUGAGGACCGUGAACGAACGGCUACACUCGAUCCAGCAGGAGCUCGAGGAGAAAGUCCGUCGAGAAGAGGAGGCUCUUAAGAAGCAUGAGGAGGCACAGCGAUUGGCGUAUGAUUUGCACCGACAGCUUCAGGAGCGAGAAGAAGAAAUUUUGCGUCUUAAGCGCGAGUUGAGCGGCACCCACCCCGCGUCCCUCCAUGCGGUGCGAGGCAAGCAUGAAAAGGGAAGGCAACUCCUGUAUACCGUGAAAGAGGAGAAACAGGACACGUAUGAGAGGGAAGAAAAAAUGCCAAGAAAUUUCUUGAAAGUUGAAAGUGCAGAGAAGCGAGAGGAAGAAAAGGUGCAAAAGCGUCCAGCACACCGUUCAACUUCUUCUUCCUCCGCUCCCAUUCGUGCAUUGCUUGCGGACGCGAACGCAAACGUUAUUGUCAAACCGCAGAUAGCAGCAAUGCUACAGCGAGAGAUUGAAAAGGCGCAGAGAAACAACAUGCAUGAAAUAUCAUCGUUGCGGGCGAAUGUACGCCGUCUUGAAAGCGAUCUGGAAGAGGCUCGUCAACAACUACGAGGAGAGCGCGAUAACAGUCGCUCUCUGCGUGUCAUGAUUCAAAAUGCCCGACGUGAACUUGAGGAAAAGGAGCUUGCUCUGGCACGAGCGUCUGCCAGUCGGCAGCAACGUGCCAAGGAGCAUCAGCAUGUUCAAGGCAAUUUUGUAACGGUUUCGAGCAAAACUCCUGUGACAGAUUCUACCGCGGCCGUUUCCCCCGUGCCAAAUACAGCCGUAUCAGGUGAACAAGAUCAGCUGCAGCGUCAACGGGAAGAAAAUGAACAACUUCGACGCCAAGUUGAACGACUCAAGAAGCGUGUGGUGACCUUUGACAAUGUCGUUAGUGAAGCGGAAUCCUACAAGAAGGAGUUGGCAGAUCUUCGGUCUCAGCAUCCGGAGUCUGUGGAUUCAGCUUAUAUGGCCUCCCCACUUGAUAUACGUUCCCACAAACGGAUUGUUCUCCAUUUAGAGAGUGUCAUUGACUCGCUUCGAAGAGAGCUAAGCGUCAAGAAGGAGAUGCAGAUGCGCAACUUGCAAAGACGUAUCGAUGAGUUGACAGUGGAGAACCAACGUCUGGCGGCGGAAUUGAGCAGUCGCUCUCAAUUCACGCCAAAUUUGCAGCCCCCUAUAGCCCCGUCUAGGGCCGAUAACGGAAGUGAGCGGGCAACUCUGCAGCGGGAAUUAUUGGAAAAGAACGGCAUUAUUCUUGAUCUCCGCUUUGAGCGUGAGGCGCUGCAACUUAAGGUUGGACGUCUGGAGCGACACAUUGAGGAAAUAAUUCAGGUAGACUCAACCAACACAAAACGCACGGGAACUUCACAGCAACGGAGUCGCGCCGAGGCGUUGGAGUCUUUGGUUGAAAAUCUGAAGCUUGUUGUUGAGCGUCUUCAGAAGGAGAACAAUACGCUGAAGUCGAAGACUGUAAGUAUGUCAAAGCACAUGGAUCUUGUGCGAGAGCUUCGUGAACUCCGGCGAAGUGAACAAAAACUCCGCGAGCAUUCGGAGAUGUUGACAAAGCGCCUCUUAGAAUCCGCACCUAGCGGAAGCGCCAUGUCAAAACAACAAGUGACACUCCAGCGGAGGCUGCAGACGGCCCAAGCGACCAUGGAGCAGUAUGAGGCGGAAAUGCUUGAGCUAAAACAAAAGCUUGAUGAUCGCCAGCACGCAGUGGAAGGGGAGGAGUUCAUGCCGUCUGGGCAAAGGCAUCAGGAACAGUUGCCAGAGUGGGAAAAUCGCCGCUUGGUGCAGCCAAUUGAGACAUGGUCUCAAGACCUGCCGCCGCCUCUGCCCAGCCCGCCGGUGACACUCACCGGGGAAGAUCCCUUUGGUUAUCUGACAUAA